AUGUCUGACGGCCUUGAGCAAGCAUUGACUAAAAUCCGGCCCCACACGUCCUCCUCCCUUGCCCACCAAAAGGCCCCCGCCACCUUGCUUCGCGCCCUCGAAGCUACCCUCGAUGAACAAAAGACCGAACGGUCCCCCACCGCAUACCUUGCGGCCCUUCUCACAACCUUGGACGGGACAUUGCAGAAUGAGCGGUCAUCAGGUCUUGCUCUGAGCGAUGGGGAUAUGCUGCCUGCAGAGCUAUACCUCCUCGCUCUUGUAACACCCUUCGCACCUCUUCCAGUGAUACGCGGAAACUUGGGCACAAUCCUUGCCCUCACUGCCCCGCUAUAUCCACUUCUCAAAAACCAUGCUCCACCCCUCAGAUCUCAACUAUCCAUAUACGGCGCUGUAUUUAGAGCUUUAGAUCGCCCACAAUUGGACACCCAAGGCAUCCGCCAAUCUUUCGCAUCUAUUCUCCAGCUGUGUCUGGAUCCGCGACCCAAAGUCCGCAGGAAGGCAGCAGAUGUUGUAAAAGACGUGCUAUCAUUCCCGCCCAGCCCUUUGCUGCUCCAUCCCUAUGCUGAUCGUGUUGCUGAGUGGGUCAAGUCUACAUUAGGAGACAUCAACGCCAAUGCUCCUCUCAAAUUCAAAAGUAACAGUGCCGACAUGGAAGGUGCAGAAGUAGCCAUACAUCUACUUUCCUUCCUGCGACUCGUCCUUCUCAGGCUUCCUCCGUCGUCGCUUCCUACCAUUGUACCAUUGAUUCUCUCCCUCCCUCGUCUUGGAAAUCCGUUCCUAUCGCAAGCCGCUUAUUCUAUUUUGUCUGAUCUCCUCUCCUCGCCAACAGAUGGCAACGAGGCUGAUGUCGUUCCGGAGAUUCCUAAUAUUCUGAAGGCAGUGUUGUCCUCUCCGCCUUCAAAAACUGAUGCUACGUUAGGCCCAGCAUGGCUACUCGUCUUGGGCAAUGCAAUACUCGCUUUGAAGGAGGCUGAUCCCGAACUUUCAGCCGCUGAGUUAGGCAAGGCUUGGAAAGCUAUGUGGUCAUUCCUCGAAUCUAGCAACGCUUCAGUGCGCAAAGCUGCAGCCCUGUCACUCGCGCUCUUAUCUCAGUGUUUUACCCCUUCAUUCAUAACGCCGGCUACGCAGGAACAUGGGAAGGGCGAGCCGAAAUCAGCGCUUGGAAAAAUCAUUGUUCAAACAGACAAGGCUUUCGAUUCGCUCGCGUUUGCUCGCUCGAUGCCAGAGUUGCUGUCCGUGAUUUCAUCACUUGUUGCGAAUUUGAGGUAUAGGGAGCGUCCCUUGGCGCCUACGGCCGCCCAAAUCCUCCUCCUUUCCCUGAUUGAAAAAAUCGGGCAUGCGAGGGUCCAAAAGGGUUUCGAGUUCAAAGAGGCAGCCGACGGGACGCUGGGCGUAGCCAUGUCCGUUCUCGGACCUGAGGUCCUCUUGCAUGCACUCCCACUCAACCUAGAACCAGCUGACCGGCAGACAGGCCGCGAACCGCGGGCAUUUUUACUUCCCCUGCUAUCACAACCCCAUACAUCGCCUUUGGCGCAUUUCGUCUCGUACUUUGUCCCCCUUACGGAACGCAUGUUCGAUCUACAGCAGAAGGCGGAACUAGAAAACCGCCAGUCUGAAGCUAAAGUGUGGACCGUCUUAAUUACGCAGAUCUGGUCGGGGCUGCCGGGAUAUUGCUGGGGGACUACCGACCUCCGAGAGACACUCAAUGGCCCGUUCUCUCAGCUGCUUUCUCAGCUCAUGUACAACCAGCCCGAUCUCCGACCCCCCGUUUUGAGGGCAUUGAAGAUUCUCGUCGAGUCCAAUAGCGUCCUCGCAUCUCAAGACGGCGCACAGAUAGAGAAAUUUGCGGCGUUGUCCCACGCAGACGUGAUCUCUGCCGACGAGGCCGCUCAAAAUGUCACCUUCUUGCGCUCGCAGGCCGAGAGUUGGCUGGCAGUAUUAUUUAAUGUUUUCGGAAGCGUCAAUCGAGAUUCCAGAGGGAUGGUGGGUGAUGUGAUUAGUGUGUGGGCUGGUAUCGCUGGUGACCAGGCUAUCAGCCAAGCAUACCACAAAGUCAUCGACCUGUUCAAGCAGAAUUUGGCCAAAGCUCAGCCCACAAGAGGACCCAUCGAGGGCGGCAGCGUAGCUGCUACGACUCAAGACAUACUAAUCCUCAUACUCCCUCACCUCUCGCCCACAGAUGCUGCGGUUCUAUUCGAACUGUGCCUUUCCAAAGAAGUGCUCGCCAACCAAGAUAACGGCGUCCAGAAGCGUGGCUACAAGAUUUUGACAAAACUUGUGGAGAGCAACAAGGUCCCGGUCGAUGCUCAGUCUGUGAUACAAAGGUUAGACAAUGUAUCGGAAGGCCUAGCACCUGCCGCGAAGAAGGAUCGUUUCCAAUUCCUCAGCAACGUACUACCUUCGAUCCCAACAACAGCUCUGCAUAUCAUUCCUUCACUUAUACCAGAAGCAGUCCUAGGGACGAAGGAACCGUCAGAGAAGGCUCGUAAUGCUGCCUUUGAUCUCAUCGUGGCGAUGGGUAAGAAGAUGAACGAAGGCGGGGUUGUGAAGCGUGGUAUGGUUGAUGGAAUGGACGAAGAUGACGCUGGUGAAGCCAAGGCCACUAUUGAAGAAUACAUGACAAUGAUUGCUGGUGGUCUGGCCGGCGCAACUCCCCACAUGAUCAGCGCGACCGUCACGGCGAUCUCCAGGCUAGUCUUCGAGUUCAAAGACUCCAUCUCUGCUGAGAUGCACAAUGAGAUAUUCACUACGCUUCUCGUUUUCCUCUCUUCUGCCAACCGAGAGAUUGUCAAAUCGACGCUUGGAUUCGUGAAGCUGGCUAUCCACACUUUCCCAAUCGACGUGAUGCACCCUCACCUGGCGGAGAUCGUCCCGGCCUUGCUCCGUUGGUCGCAUGACCACAAAAACCAUUUCAAGGCGAAAGUGCGCCAUAUCUUCGAGCGGAUGAUCCGGAGGUUUGGCUGGGAAGAUGUCUAUUCUUGCGCCGGCGAGGAAGAAGCCUCCAAGAUGCUCGUAAAUAUCAAAAAGAGGAAGGACAGAGCGAAGAAGAAACGGGCGCAAGCUGCCGAUGAUGACGACGACGUUGCACCAUCAAGCAAGCCAACCACAGGAGACGCUUUCGAAGACGUCUUGUAUGGCAGCGAGAGUGAAUUGGACGAUAGCGACGAUGAGAAAGAACGUCCAGCAGUCUCUGGAAAGCGGAGAGGCGGCGAUUUUGCGGCUCGCAUACGCGUCGACGACGACGAGCCGAUGGAUCUACUUUCGGGAGCCGCUUCGCGUAUCACUAAUGCUCAAAAUAAUAACAGAAGACGCAAGCCGGGCCAGGACGCGGCGCAGUUCAAAAUGGACGCGGAUACAGGGAAAAUGAUCAUCGACGAAGACUCGGAUUCAGGGCCGGAGGCUGGCGCGCAAGAGGACGUGGCUGGUGGGGCUUACCGUGAGAGCAUGACUUCUGCGGAUGGCUUCACACGGGGACCGAACGGGCGUAUCAAGUUCAACAAAGACACGAAAAAGCGGAGAAGGGAGAACGCCGAAGAGGAUGGGGAUGUCGAGAUGGCAGAUGUCGAGUCUGGGAAGGGACCGAGGAAAAAGCGAGCUUCAGAUCCCAAACUUGGACGCGAGUUCAAGGCCAAGAAGGCCGGUGGUGAUGUUACUAAGAAGGGCGGCGUCGACCCUUACGCUUACGUCUCGUUGUCCGAUGCAGCGAAGAAGGGAGGCCGUAGGAGUCGCGUUGGUGUUGCAGCCAUCGCCAUUUAUUUUGAACCUGAUGCUUGA